GGGGAAAAUAACAUUAAAACGAAAUCUAUAUAUGAUUAGGGUUCUUUGGUUAUUCUUCUUCUGAUUUCAAGUAUUUGUGCUUUCGAGACUCUCCUAGUUUAUCUCCGUCUUUCAAAUUCCGAUAGAAGAACCAAAGUUUGUUUUCGACAUGGGAAAUAUAAGUGAUCUGUCUAACGAUUUGCUGGUGAAGAUUUUGUCACUCCUUCCAACAAAUGUUGCUGUGUCUACAUGUCUUUUGUCCAAACGAUGGGGUCCUGUUUGGAAAUUGAUUCCGAAGCUUGACUAUGACGACUCAUGUAGUGCUGCUGCACCCUUAGGGUUUAUCGAGAAUUUUUUGCAGCUAAACAAUGCUCCGUUUCUGGAGUCUUUUCAUCUCAAACUUCAUCCCAAAAUUACGGGAGAUUAUGCACCUGAAGAUUAUGAAAAAUGGGUUAAAGCUGCGGUUGCUCACAAUGUGCGUGAUCUUGAGCUUCUUCGUUUCUUUAUACGUUUCGUUCCAUUACCUAGGAGCUUGUACACACUAGAAACCCUUGUGGUUUUACGCCUCAAGAAAGUGAGCAUUGAAGAUGUUCCUUCGACAACUUGUUUCCGGUCCCUCAAGACUCUGUCUCUUCAACAUGUUUGGUUCUCCAGCGAAGAAACAAUUACUAGGCUUUUUUCUUGUUGCCCUAUUCUUGAAACAUUGGUGGUGCACCCAUGGGGCGGGGACGAAGUGAAAACUUUCGCAAUUUGUGUGCCAUGGUUGAAGAGCUUAACCAUCAGCGACAUGGUUUCGGGUUAUCACGAUCCAAUAAAUGAUAAUGGAUUUGUGAUCAAUGCUCCUUCUUUAAAGUACCUACAUAUUGUGGAUCAUUUUAGUGGGUUUUAUUCAUUAGUGAAUAUGCCCGAGCUAUUCAAAGCAGAUAUCCACAUUAGACAUUGUGAUUCUGAGAAGCUUUUGGGAUGUCUUACCUCAUCUAGAAACCUUUCCUUAUGUUUAAAACCACAAGAGGGUGCAUAUCCUCAUGGAGACUUCGACCAGCUCGUGUCUCUAGACCUAUGUGCUCUGUGCUCCUUAGAUUGGUUGAAUCUUAUCCUCGAACGUUCACCAAAACUUCGAGCUCUCAGAUUAUACCAAACAAGAAACUGGAGCUGCAGGAAUUCCAGAAGUGUCCGUACUAAGUGGGAGCAACCGAUGGCGAGUUGUGUUCCUGAAUGUUUACUUGUGAGUCUUGAAACUGUAAAAUGGAAUUGUUACAAAGGGACAGAAGAAGAGAAGUCUGUAGUGAUGUAUUUGUUAAAGAAUGGAAACUCUUUAGCGACUAUGAGUAUUCAAUUCUUGGGAUCCAUUACGUUGGAAAACAGAAACCAAAUGCAGACGGAGUUAGAGUCCAUGCCAAGGAGUUCUUCCAGAUGUCAGCUUUCAUUCACAUUCACCUAAGUUUUGUGGCAUCUCAAAGCCAAGAUUAAUCAAGCAGCAUUAAUAUAAGUUAACGUCUGAUUUUAUUUGAACAUGUUAUUUUUUCCACCUCUCUAAGUUUCCAAUCUUCUUUCUUCUGGUUGGUCUCAAAGCUUGUAGCUAGUUGUACUCCAAAGUAUUGACUAUGAACAUUGAGAGCCAAGGUUUGAGCAGCAUUAGAAAUUACUGUUUGAUAUU